AUGUCUAUCCCGAAGAAAAAUUCUUCUAUUGUUUGGAAGCACUUUCGAAGGGACCCAAAUACUCCUGAUGUGGCCACUUGUUCGAUUUGCAAUAACAAGUACAAAAGAUCUAACGGCACAACUAACUUACUAGACCAUUUGAAAAGGAAACAUUUUACUGUUUUAAACCGUGAUGAGUUACAACACACUGAACUGAUUGAAGGAGAUAGAAAUCAACCUGGAACAUCAGGGGAACAACAAUCUAUAGGUGUUUUCUCUUCUUGUAAUAAUCCAGUUAUGGCAGUAACCAGUGUUGUUGAACCAGUAUUAAAGAGGCAAAAACAACUUUUAUUGUCUAAUAGUUUACAGGUUUUUUCAUUAUCCAACUGGUUUGGAAUGCAAUUAUUUAUUAAGAGAACUUCACAGUCAAAACACACAAUUUUAAAACUGACUUUGUCUGCUAUAUAAGUAACAUGUUAAAAAAACUUAAAAUUCAAUAGUUUGGAUUAUCA